GCCAUCGACAUGGUGCAGGCCUGGUACAUGGACGAAUCCGCGGCCGACCCGCGGAUGCCCCACCGCGCGCAGCCCGACCGCCCUGUGGGCCUGGAGCAGCUGCGCACUCUCGGAGUGUUGUACUGGAAGUUGGAUGCUGACAAGUACGAGAAUGAUCCAGAACUGGAAAAGAUCCGGAAAGAGAGAAACUACUCCUGGAUGGACAUCAUUACCAUAUGCAAAGAUACACUUCCCAAUUUUGAGGAGAAGAUCAAGAUGUUCUUCGAAGAGCAUCUGCACCUGGAUGAGGAGAUCCGCUACAUCCUAGAGGGCAGUGGGUACUUCGAUGUCAGGGACAAGGAGGACAAAUGGAUCCGGAUUUCCAUGGAGAAGGGGGACAUGAUCACACUUCCUGCCGGCAUCUAUCACCGUUUCACGCUGGAUGAGAAGAAUUAUGUGAAGGCCAUGCGGCUGUUUGUGGGAGAUCCUGUGUGGACACCGUACAACCGUCCGGCUGACCAUUUUGAUGCCCGGGCACAGUACGUGAAGUUUUUGGAAGGAAGAGCCUAGUAGUGCUCUCUGAAGAGUAACUGCACUAUGUGAGGCUCUUGCUGAGGUUACCGGUGGGAAGGUUGAUCAUCUCUCUGCUUUUGUAUAUGAAUUUGAUGCCAGACCAGCUCUGCUUUCCUUGGAAGAUUGUCAGAUCAGAACCUUUGUAAUCAAAAGCAUCUAUAAAAGUCAUUCUUACAUGGAAGCCACAAAAAUGUGAACAAGUGACCUUAAUUUUCCCCAAACUCUGUCAAGGUAUGGGAGCCCUGGGUUGGUGUGUGUAUUAAUGCAUAACAGAUCUACCAGAUCUGCCAGAAGGUCCUGUAGCUGUCUAAUGGAGUGUGAAGCUAUGCCCUUUGGAAGGGGGCAGUUAAACCCAGCACAACUAACCAGAAGGAAGAUGUUUUUCUUGCUCACUGAUCUUUGGGAGGGGAAGUGAGGUUAUUAGUUCUUUUUCCUUCAGAUUAAAACAGCUAUCUUAAUUAUAUGCUCCUGGUAAGUGGUGUUACACUCAUGCCAGUGUAUGGCAUUUUACUUGUUUCAUUAAAGCCCCCUUCUGGACUCCUUAUAUGAUUUUAUAUGUGCAUGGUUAAUUUCUACAUCAGGGUAGAAAUUUUCCAAUGUGAUUUCAGCCUUUUUAUAAUCAAGAGUCAAAAGAAGUAUAAUGUAUGAUUUUCCUCCUCAAGUGUUUUAGGUACUUAGAACACUAACCUAGCAUACACAAGGCCCUGGGUGUGGGUCCCCAGCACCACAAAUAAAGAAUAAUAAUGCUAAA